UGCUGACAAAAAAAAAAUCAGUAUUAUGUAUUAAUCCUAUUAUUUUAUUGCCAUAAUUUCAUAUUCAUACAUUUGUAUUGUUCUGUAAUGUCAUGCUUGUUUCAGAAUUUUUAUGUUUGUGUUUCUAUUUCUUUGAGCAUAAUAAAAGGUUGUUUACACAAAAAAAGUCCCCCAUUUGCAUAUGAAAUAAAUGAAAAUGUUCAUUCUUUUAGUGUAACGGAUUUAUUUUAAUUUACAUAAUAUGAUCAAUAACUAUAUUAUAAUGUAUCCAUAUCAGAUCAAAGCAUUUUAUUAUAAUUUGUAUACAUACAGUAUAAACAGCAUGUGAUGCUAAAUGCAUUUAUUGUAGAAUAUAUUAUUAAAUAAGGCAAAUGACGUUAUACCAAAGUGAAGGUAAACUUGUGGGAGCCCCUUUAAGGCCCUGGAUUAUCGACAGCGACAGCAGCAGAAUAUGGAUCCAGUACUGUAUCAGACUAUUCUGGAUUACAAAACUAAAGGCCAGUAUUCACCAAACAUUACAAAGAGAAAAAUUAAAACAGACGAAAGGCUUCAAAGUACAUUCUAGAAGGUGAGUGAAGGAUUUCUGGUUUAGCGUAAAUAUAAACCUUAACUUCAUUGUAUGUCUAUAUGCCAACUCUGUAAUGUUUCGUAUAUGUGCUGAUGUAAAUGUUUGUUAAACUAUAUUUCCUAGAUGGACCACUGUAGAGGUAAUCAAAACCGAAGUGGUUAGAGCCACAGAGGAGGCUAUCGCCAUUUUUAGGGAUUUUCAUGACAGCGGUGUUCACACUGGACACAAAGAAGAGACCAGAGAUGCCAAUUAGAAAAGGGUUUUCUGGCCUGGGAUGAUCUUGACCUGCUUUUAUACAUCCUGAUGGAGGUUUUAAUAAAUAUACUAAUACUAUACGUAUUAGUAUAGUAUUAUCAGGUGUGCAUUAUACCUGACACCUAGCCGAGCACUGUACAGUGGGUUAUGUGACUGUAAGUCAUUCCCUUCAAAUGAUAUUGAAGUUAGAAACGUGUAUAACAAUGUCGUAUGGAACUUUAGAGACGGCCCCUUAAUUUCCGCGAAUAUCGAACCUCCAACGUCACACCCACUUUAUUCCAGUUGGUAUUUUUCUGUAAUGUCGGGCUUGUGAAAGUGAAUUCCCUGGCUUUUUUGUUUGUUUGUUUGUUGUUUACCAAAUAAAACCCUCCCAUUUGCGCCGCUCCCUUUCCAAGACCGGAAGCGGAAGUUAGUUCACUGUCAGGUCAGGUGACGCAGCUGUGCGCAUUCCAAAGCUCGCUCGCGGAUAAGCUUGCAGAAAAGUAAAUAGGAGACUCAUGGAGGCCGCGGAUCCUCGGUCCUCGAGUGACGGCGCGCCGGCUAGCAGAGGAGGAUUCCCGGGUGGAGAGAGCAGCAGUGACCGGGACGGCGGACGGGCCGGAGGCAGUGGCGGAGAGGGCGAGCGGGAGCGGGCUAGCUUCGAGUGUAAUAUCUGCCUGGACACCGCCAGGGACGCCGUGAUCAGUCUGUGCGGACACCUGUUCUGCUGGCCAUGUCUCCAUCAGUGGUUGGAGACGAGGCCAAGUAGGCAGCAGUGCCCCGUGUGCAAAGCAGGAAUCAGCAGAGAUAAAGUCAUUCCUCUGUACGGCCGCGGCAGCACCAGCCAGGAGGACCCCAGAUUAAAAACUCCACCUCGACCUCAAGGACAGAGAACCGAGCCGGAGAGCAGAGGGUUUCAGGGUUUCGGCGAUACCGGGUUCCACAUGUCUUUCGGUAUCGGCGCUUUUCCUUUCGGCUUCUUCACCACGAUAUUCAACACCAAUGACCCGUUCCACAGACCAGAUCCUCACUACGCUGCAGAUCACCAAGGCAACGGGAACGGUAACAACGGCAACAACUGGCAGGACUCGCUCUUCCUCUUCCUCGCCAUCUUCUUCUUCUUCUGGAUGCUGAGUGUGUGAACGUGUGUGUGAGAGAAUGAGAGCGAGAGAUACUGGGAGAAAGAGAGAGAGAGAAGAUGUCAGGACUGACACACACACACACACACACACACACACACACACACAGCCGCAGAUUGUUGAUUGUUGAGAACAGUAUUAAAACACAGCAGGAGUUUAAUGGUGUUCCAUAAAAAUUAAUGAAGCAAGUGUGUGUAAAAAUGUCUCACACACACACGUGUACAUCAUCCCCCCUGUCUCAUGACUUCUGCUUCAUGCCAAAGAGAAUUCCUUGUCACACACUUUAGUACAUUUAGUGUAUGUAUAAAAAAAAAAGGUGUUAUUUAGCCCUUCUGGUUCAAAUCCGGAACCAUUGAAGGAUUACCGCCGUGCAGUGCAUUAUGGGUAUCUUGUACAUUAUAGGGAAACCAUGUGGACGUUUAUAGCCAGUAUCUGACAACGAGGGAUUAACACGGCCCCUUCAGCGUUGGGUGAAUUACAGUCUUGUACGGCAUCAUGGGUAAGCCACGCCUCCCACCGCUACCCGGUUACCAGGAGAAUCUUCAGCUUGAUCAAUCUGUGAGGUGCUACAUAACUAAAAGAAUCAAAACUAGCAUCUCCACUAUAAAUCGGUAGUUGCUCAGACAAGAUAAUCAGGGAUGACAUAAGGACUAUACAUUUUUCCAACUGGAAAGCCUUCCUGCAUUGCUGUUUCCUUCCUUAUGUGUUUAUAGCGUAACUUCACACUGUUGAGGCAGAAGCUCGUUAGUAAGUAAACGAGUAUCUAGCGAGCAACUAGAUGUUCUGCUAGAACACUGCGAGACAGGUACAUGUCGUGUUAUUAUUCUGCUGCCUGAGCGUAACGAAGAGUAAACGCUAAAUCCUUCUCUGUAGCUUUCUUGGGAACUAUUAUGACUAGCAGUGUGGCUGGUUUUGGGUUUCCAUGGUUUCCUCUCGUUUUCAUUGGCUGUCUUGCGUGAACAGUCUCAAGGCUGAGAAAAGCUUAAGGCAAGUGAAAUACAGGCACGAGGGCGGGGUUCAUAGUGUUCGGCAACGCUGUGUGAGAAAUAGUCAGGGAUUUAUUGUGAUAUGAUAAAGGUAACAGCAGUACAUGCCGGUUACGCGUCAGUAGUAGGCGUGUCUAUCUUUAAUUUACCGACGGUUGCUAUGGUUUCACGAGGCUAGUACGAUAUGGCUGUAAAAAUGCUGUAGCUACACAAUGUAUGCAAAAAGGGAGUGGCUUGUGUAUAAUUGACGUCUGUGUCAAAUGAACCAAUUGUGACUUUCUGUUUGAGUAGGUUAAAUGUUUUAAGCACUUUGAAGCGUGGCAAGUCUUGCUGAUUGGUUCAGGAACCGCGGCGAGUCUUGCUGAUUGGUUCAGGAACCGCAACUAUCAACGAGGAAAAAAGUACGACUCUUACUUAGUCGUUUGCAUAAAGUUAAACAUUUUCUGGUCGCUGGCCCCCUAAAAUCGCUAGCGAUUACCUUCUAAAAAUAGUUUUCUGCUGUGGGCGUGAAUCAUGGACGUCUCAAACUCCCUGAUGUGCAGUGAUGCUAAGCGGUAAUCAGGUCAACCACAAGAAAGUGUUAAGUCAGCUGCCAAUCAUUUCUAAUAGCGUUAGUAAGAGUAGCAUUAAAGACCUAGAGGUAAGGAGAUCUCGGUUCCAGUGUCUCUGCGUUGGCACGUACGUAGGAAACGAACGCUCGCCUGCCGCCUUGUGGCUUGUUCGUGUGAACGAAGGGUAACUUUGCACUGUUAUAGCCUGGUUCUUUAAUAGGUUCAUUAGCGGUUAACGUAUAAGAUUAGCACUGUACAUAAACAAACACGCUCUGAUAAACCCUAACUGAAUGCUGAUCACGUCUGAUCUGAUUUGCACACAGAAAUUAAAUAAUUACUACCAAGAACUCUCGGGUGUUAGCAUUUGGGACGGAGCCUUAAAAUGGCCGAUGUUAGUAGGUACGCUAACAAGGUUGUGAAGCUGUGUUUUGGGGCGGAGCUUAAAUUGUAUGACAUUGGUGUUCCGUCAGAAUUCUACUGUACAGUAUGAGUGUUUCAGUUUCACACUGUGACACGUGUUCUCCCAGUUGUUAACGUGUGUGUGUGUGUGUGUGUGUAAAUGUUUUGUCAUGAGAUUGAUUGACUAUUUCUGUACUCUUUUCUGUAAGAUUGUAGAUAUGACAUCAUGAUGAUGAGUUAUGGAGGAGGCGUAAGAAAUCAGAUACGGAGACCCAAAUUCUUUUUCUAAAGCACCCCCUUUUUGACUUCGCCUGAGAGUGAGCGCUCGCAGCACAACAGAGGGAGCGUGGAACAUCAGGACAAUGAGAACCAUGUUCCAGAGUUUUCCCACAAGAAUUCCAACCACAUUUCAGAUGUAUUCCAUUAGCUAGCUCAGAACACUUACCUGCUCGAUGUCUGAUGUUGUGACUAGCAUUCUGAGGAGGUUGGGGGGAUCAGUGCCGCUUUCAACCAUCCGCCAUUUUGUAAAAGAUAAUAUGAUAAUGUCGACUCAACUGAUUAACAGAAAAGGCAUUUAAAAUGGGCAUGCAGACUUGGUCAAGGGAAAGUGGACAAGGGUGUGUUAAAAUAACGCCUGGAAUGUGUGGUGGUGAUGAUGAUGACGAAGCUGUAGCUGUGUGUGUGUGACUGCGCGCUUUAUCUUGCUGUUGUAUUACUCGUCUUUUUGAUCUGAAUAAAAGGAGAAAUAUAUUUGUGUUAGGGGUUGUGGGCGGAGUUUUAAGUGGGGGCGGGGAUCUUUAUUGGAAGUCAGUGAAUAAAUGUUUCCUACUGUGGAUAAA